AUGACCAAUGUUUCCAAAGUACCUAUACAGACUUUCGUCUUCUUUGACUUGGAAGCUACUGAUCUGACACGGCCACGCAUCACUGAACUGUGUCUACUGUCUGUCCAGCGUGAAGAGUUGCUGACUCGUGAAGGUUCUCCCAGGAUCGUAAAUAAGCUGACUAUCUGCGUGCAUCCACAAAAGCCUAUCAGUUUAAUAGCCAGUGACAUAACAGGUCUAUACAAUGACAGCCUGGAAUCCCAAACUUCAUUUGACAAAAACGUUGUUGACAUUAUCACCCUUUUUCUGUCCAGACUACCACAGCCGGUUUGUCUGGUUGCGCAUUAUGGAAAUGGUUUUGACUACCCACUUCUUAAUGCAGAGUUGAAACGUGCCAAGUGUGAGCUUUCUUUGGAGGUGUUGUGUGUAGACAGUCUAGAUGCUGUCAGGUCCAUAGAUACAAAAAUCUUGUAUGAGGAGGAACGGGCACUGAUCGAAAUCCAAAACCAGAAUAAUACAACACCUGUACGUCAGGGAAUCCAGGAUGUCAGUCAAAAUGAUUUCAGAAUUUCAGAAGAUCAGACAAGACCUGCCUGUACUGCCACUGUCAAACAAGACUCCAUGCAUGCGAAACGUAACGCUGAUACAGACAGCAUUGAUCAUGUUAGGAAAAGACUUUUCACUGGUGCAGAGAAGAAUGUCAAAGAGGCAGAAAGCAUGGAAAACAAAUCUUGUUUAAAGGAAGAACUAUCUGCAAAAGACGCAAGUCAGGUUGUUGAAAAUUCAGAGAAAAUACAAGCUGAUGCUGCUGUUGUACAACAAGCAUCCCCACAACAGCCCAUGGCUCGAGCAGUGGAACAGAAUGUUGAGUCCUUAACACUCAAGUCUGAAUACAGUGCCACAGACGACAUGCUAAUGGCAGCUGUUGAUUUUAUUGAGGCAAAUGAGAACCCAGAUAAGACUUGUACACCUCUGAGGAAAUGUCUGAAUUCUAAUGGAGGUAGUAGUACUGAUGUAACCCCAGUAAAUUCAAGAACACAAAUUUCAGAUAUUUUAUAUGGUGAUCAGGGACAAACUACACCUAUUGUUUUACCCAGAUUGUCAUACAAACUAGAGGAGAUAUAUUUACGCACUUUUGGUCAGAAACCUCCAUUGUCUCAUAAUGCAGAGGAUGACUGUGUGACCUUGAUGAAGGUUUGUAAAAAGAGGUGUCCACAAUUUAUAGAGUGGGCAGACCAACACCAGGUGGCACUUUCCAGUGUGGUACCUAUAUUCUGA